AUGAAAAGGCGAAGCAGCUGCGAUGCGACAAUGCUACCACAAGGUACGCUCAGAUCGAAUAAUAAAGUUGACUACCACCCCCGCUUAAAACGCCAUCGGAAAUGUUAUGAAGGUAUGAAAACCUACUUGAUUGAUGAAAACUCCUUCCUUUACAAGUCUUUUAUGUUUCCGGAUGAAAAUUGUAACAAACUUACGACUCAUAACUAUCUUAUAGGAGGCAAGUUUCACAAUGGAGAUUUCCAUGAUAUAAUUCAAGGGCAUGACGGUAAAACAGAUAUCCUUGUUGUGUUCUAUAAUCCACAUUACAUUUGUCUUGAUAUAGUAAUAGAUAUAUUGCGUAUGUCCAACUGUGUUGCGUAUAUUAUAGGAGUAACAGUAAAACGAACCGGCUUAUUGGAUUCAAAAUACAAUUUUCCUAUUAUAACUAGUGGGUGUCAAUUAAUUAGAAAGCUCAAACUUCUGGAUCCAUUGGGUGGGGGUAUAUACCCUUUAGAUUGUGUAUUGAAAUUCACUGCAGCAGGGCAUUUUAAGAAUAUUAUACAACUUAACCCAUGUCAUCGAAAGAUGUUUGAAAAUCAGCUAUCAAAUAUGCUAAAUGGAAACGAUAACGACCAAAUAGACACCAUGGUGGUAACGUAA